AAUUAUCUCUUUCAUUUUUGUUUGCCUUUUGUCUAUUAAUUCACCCUCCUUACCAAUUCUACUAGAGUUUCCUUUUUGGACUUGGAUACUCUCAGUAAAUAGUACUAAAUUGGUAUGCUUCCAUUGAAACACUUAUUGAGGUGAUGAUAUUCAGUGGAUUGUUCGGUCAAAACAGCUUUGUGUUUUGCUUACCAUGUUAUAUAACUUAAAGUUGCAAAGUCACACCUCUUGUUUAAAUUGAAGUAGAAGCCGAAUUUGUGCAGGCGUUGAAUUUUUAUUCUGUUCAUUCGCCUUAAGACAAUAAUGGGGUCUGUUUGCUCGGCUGAGAAAAAUAAAAACAAAGAGGUUGGAGGGAAAACCUUGGGGAAGAAGCUUAAGAAGUUAAAAAGCAUUGCAAAGGGAAAAGGAGAUUGUUAUUCAAAUUCAAGGACUAGUGAUCGUGGUAGAAAGCAAAAGGAGCGAAACUCUGGAUUUUCCAGUGAAUUCAACUUAUCCAAUCCUAGUCGAAAAGAAGGAAAAGAGGACUUCCAGAGAGGCUCCUUUUGGGGAAGAGCUAGUGAGAGGGCAGUAGAAGUUCUCGACACACUUGGAAGUAGCGUGCCGAAGUUAAGCAAUAGUAAUGGGUUUGGGUUUGGCUCUGGCAUGGCUCCUAGAGGGAAUAGAAUAUCUAUAUUGGCAUUUGAAGUAGCUAAUACAAUAAACAAAGGAGCAAUCUUGUUUCAAUCACUGUCUGAAGAAAACAUUCAGUUCCUUAAGAAGGAGAUUUUACAAUCAGAAGGGGUGCUACAAUUAGUUUCAACUGAUACAAAGGAGUUAAUAGGUCUUGUUGAAACUGACAAAAGGGAAGAAUUCAAUGUCUUCUCCCGGGAAGUAGUUAGAUUUGGAAAUUUAUGUAAGGACCCUCAGUGGCAUAGCCUAGAACAAUAUUUCUCAAGAUUACAUUUGGAUAUCUGGGACAACAAGCAACCAACGGUAGAGGCAGAAAUGACAAUGCAAGAAUUGACCACUAUAGCUCAGAAUACUGCUGAACUAUAUCACGAGCUAACUUCGUUAGAACAUUUUGAACAAGAUUAUCAGCACAAGCUUAAGGAAAUGGAAUCCUUAAAUCUUCCUCUCAACGGGGACAGUCUCACAGCUUUUCAGAUUGAAAUAAAGCAUCAAAGGAAGCUUGUGAGGAGCUUGAAAAAGAAAUCUCUUUGGUCCAGAAAUUUGGAGGAGAUUGUUGAGAAGCUUGUUGAGAUCGUAACCCAUAUAGAUCAAGCAAUUUUGGAGUUCCUCAGAAAUCAUGGUGCAACCGCUGUCAAGCAUUGUAAUGGUUCUGAAAGACUUGGUGAAGCUGGUCUCUCACUGCACUAUGCUAACAUUAUCAAUCAGAUAAGCAUGAUUGCAUCUCGCCCAACCGUUCUUCCCCCAAAUUUAAGAGACACAUUGUAUCAUGGAUUGCCAAAUUAUAUUAAGAGUGCUCUUCCUUCGCGGUUACAAAACAUUGAUGCUAUGAAAGAGCUCUCCAUCACUCAGGUCAAAGCUGAAAUGGACAAGACUCUGCAGUGGCUCACUCCAUUUGCCACAAAUACAAUCAAAGCACAUCAAGGUUUUGGAUGGGUUGGUGAAUGGGCAAAUACAAGUAACGAGUUUGGCGAAAACACAACCAAAGAAAGUAACCUGAUUCGCCUCCAAACACUUUACUAUGCUGAGAAGCAUAAAAUAGAUUUUUACAUCAUCGAAUUGUUGACUCAGAUUCACUAUUUGGUUACCUUUGUAAGAUACAGACAUAAUACCAUGAAGCCAAUGCCCAAAAGAACUUCUCCUAGGCGACUUGAUUUUCAAUCAAAGUUUAUAUCUAUAGACAGUAUUAACAAGCCUUUGGGAUCUAAACUUUCUCAAGAGGAUAAAAGAUUAUUAGAAGAGGUAACUAUGAGGAGAAGAAGCCCAGGAGUUAGCAAAAGCGAGGAUCUUGCAGUGACCAAGAAAAGAAGUGCCAAAGUUUGGCAUCAUAGCAAUAGUGUAGGAAGUUCACCUGUCACACGAGAAGGGUUGGACCACCAAAGAUCUAAUGUUUUGGAUAUUAUAGAUGGGCUAUAAGAUACUAAUAGCUUGUUGGUCAAAUUUUUACAUCUCAAUAUUGACGAUAAAUUUUAUUGACUUGUUUACUUUUCAAGUUACUUUUGUAUAGGAAAGCAAGAUAGAACAUUUUAGUUUUUAUUUGAUGUUUAUGAAAGACAACGGGGAAAAAAUAUUUGCGUUAUUUUUAUGUUCAAUUUCUUGAUGUAAAUUUCACCCACAUGUACUAUUUUAAAACUAAAUUCAAAAAGUUAGUGAAUGAAAAAUAUGAACUGCAUGAUGAAGGAAAUUGGUAUCUUACUCACUUCUCAUUUCCUUGUUCUGUAAACAUGUUUAAACAAAAAAUUUCAAGUAGUAAAAAUAUAUAUAAAAAAAAGAUCA